GCCAUGGCGGAUCGGUUAACGCAGCUGCAGGAUGCGGUGAACUCGCUCGCAGACCAAUUCUGUAAUGCCAUUGGAGUGUUGCAGCAGUGUGGCCCCCCGGCCUCUUUCAGCAACAUUCAGACAGCAAUAAACAAAGAUCAGCCUGCUAAUCCGACAGAAGAGUACGCCCAACUGUUCGCAGCAUUGAUUGCACGAACUGCAAAAGAUAUUGAUGUUCUAAUAGAUUCCUUGCCUAGUGAAGAAUCGACAGCAGCUUUGCAGGCUGCUAGUCUGUAUCGAUUAGAAGAAGAAAACCAUGAAGCAGCUGCCCGUCUGGAAGAGGUAGUGUAUCGUGGGGAUAUGCUGCUGGAAAAGAUACAGAGUGCCCUGGCCGAUAUCGCCCAGUCGCAGCUGAAGACGAGGAGCGGUACGCACAGCCAGCCCCUUCCAGACUCCUAGCGCCAGGGGGCGGCGCGCCCCUGCCAAACCGAACGGCGGCAAGCCGUGGUGAAAACACGGCCCUGUACCCACGGGGAGCCCUAGCACCCAGCCCGGCUCUCGUGGGACUCUCUGAGUGUCGCUAACAACGUCUUCUGUCAAAGCCCGAACUGCAGGUUUUGUGUGAGAAACGCUUCUGCUGUAGAAGCGGUGGUUCUGUUCUAGAGUUACGUGUGUUGAUGUGUGUUUCCUUGACUUAAAAUAUUAAUUUCUGAGCUUUCUUUUCUGUUCAUAAAUAUGUCUGACUUCAGUUUGAUUUGUUAUCUUCAUUACACAGGCCUGAGUCCCUAAAGGAAAUUCAGAAGGAAAAAUAUAUUAAGAGUAUUUGUGUAAUUUGCUCACUCCUAAUUUCAAACUUUUAUGUUCUUCAUGUAUUUUUUGUAAGGCUCAAAUGCAGACACACUUGAAUUUGCCAGAGUUCCAUGGAGACAGUGCUAGACAAUGAUGUGAAUACAGUGGUGGCCGUCUGUUUUAAUUAACAGAAAUGGUAACUAAACGUUUGUGUUACUACUUGGCUGGUUUGCCACCCUUUACAGAGCAAGUAAAGGGAUAAGUAAACUCUAAUGUUUGCAAAGUUUUCUUGCCAUUGGCAUCUCAUUUAAAAAAAAAAAAAUCUGCAGGUAUCCGAUAUUGGCAUUUAUUAUUGUUUUAAUUCACAAAUGGGUCUUUGACUCCAUUACUGCCACUGACACGCUUACUCUUACUUGCUCGUGCCAUUUCUCUGCUUCUGCUGAUACUCAGCAUUUUUGUGGCAACCGGUGAAUGCCUCUAAAGCAGACAGUAAUGAGGAAGCAUUGGAUGACUGGGAAGAAAUUAGCAAUGAGGAAACUGAAAAUAACUUAUUAUGUAAUGUUGCUUUUCAGUGUAACCAGUGGCUGCCACGUGAAUGCUGUGAUGAUAAGCAGCAAGAGGCCUGUCGUCCCCAACAUGCUCUAGAGAGUUUUUUGUUUUUAUCUUCACACACUGAAUCACUGAAUAAAUUUUUGCUCCUCAUCUUAGGACUAUAGAAAGACCAGCAUCUCUUUUUAUAUUUGAGGAAAAAAAAAAACCUCCACCAGAUAAUGCAGGGUUCAAUGCGUGAGCUUGGAGUUGAACUGUUAGUCAUUUUCUGUAUUUUUGAGUUAGCAGCCUUGAAUUAUUGUAGGAUGCUGUUUAUUGCCACGUAAUACCUGCUCGUUUCCUGAUCAAAACUACCUACUUCUAUAUAUUGGAUAUACUGUCAUUAACUUGAAAGUUACAUGUGUUCUUAUUGCAUAUAGACAGAUAAGAGCAAUUCAAAUAUGUUUUUAGCAUGCUGAUUCUUAAGGAAUUAGAUGCAGCCCCUCACUAGACUGCACCAGUGAAAGGAAGAGUAUAACAUGGCACAGGAUACAUCUUGUAUACAGCCUGUUCUGAGGAUUAAAAAAUACAAAGCUGUUCCUACCUGUAACAAAUACUAAAACUGAAGUAUUUAAUCAGACGGGUAUUUAAUUAAAUAUUCAAUAUUAUUUUGUCAAAUUUGCAUAUCUGUAGUCAUAAAUUUAGUCUGCUAUUGUGAGGCUCUUGUACUAUCCAGGUUCUACAGAAGGAAAAACAGUUGGGGAGGUGAACAGGCUACAGUACAGCCCCAGUUCUGUAAUGGGAUCUUCAUUAAGAAUAACUGAGCUGUGGUGAUUUACUAAGCCAUGUAAAUAUACCCAUGUCCUGGGGAGGCUUGAGGGGCCAGAUUUUCAUUUGAAGUCAGUCAUGGGGCCUGUUUUUGGUUUUGUUUUUGUGUUUUCCUAGAAAAACUGCAUCCAGUGCAUCUCAAGUUGGUUGGGGGGUUGGGUGGAUUCUUUUGUUGUUGUUUGCUUGCUUUUUAAACUAGUGUACUUAGAAAACUUAGAGUGAAAUAUUUGGGCUUUGCUUGUGGUUUUUUUUUUUUUUUAAUUGAGAUGUCUUAAUUUGAGAUUUGUACGUUGCUGGAAAAGGGGUUAGAUCUUCAUAGUAGAUUCCAUGGUGUAGCUUAACAUGUGCAUCACCUCAAACUUGUCAACUUGGAAACUUUUGCUGUGGGAGAUAGUGUACAUCUUCGGUAACAAUACAAUACAAUUCUUUUAAUUUCA